AGAACUGAACGAUCUAUUGAACAAAUUUGAAAAUGGUUUGAACAAAAUCCUCGAAACCAACGAGCUGGUGGCAAGUAUGGAGGCAGAACUGACAGCGAUGCGACCGAAACUUGAAGUGAAGCAACGAGACACAGAGAAACUGAUGCACAAGCUGGGUGAAGAUCAAGAACAGGCUGAUAUCGUCCGAACUCGCGUCAAAGAAGAUGAAGCACUGGCUAAACAGAAAGCAGCCGAAACCCAGCUCAUAGCGGACGACGCGCAGCGCGACUUGGAGGAAGCCAUUCCUGCGUUGGAGGCUGCUAACAAAGCCUUGGACUCCUUGGACAAAAAUGACAUUUCGGAGAUUCGAGUUUUCACAAAACCCCCACAACUUGUGCAAACAGUCAUGGAGGCGGUUUGUCUUAUGCUGGGUCAAAAGGCGGACUGGGUCACUGCGAAGACAGUGCUGGGGGACUCCAACUUUUUGCGUCGGUUGGUUGAGUAUCCGAAGGAGGAGAUAACCGAUAACCAGUUGAAGCGAUUGAAGAAGUACAUUGACAAUCCUGAGUUCACACCAGAAGCGGUAGAGAAAACCAGCAAAGCCUGUAAAUCAAUGUGUAUGUGGGUCCGCGCGUUGGACUUGUAUGCACGAGUGUUUCGAACAGUUGAACCGAAGCGAAAGAGGCUGGAAGCAGCAAAUGCGGAAUUGGACGCAGUUGUACAGAAGCUAAGGGAGAAACAGGCUGAACUUAUGGAGGUGGAGCAACAGAUUGCCACCCUGCAGGGCGAAUUCGAUGUUUCCGUUGCGGAGAAAAAGAAGUUGGAACAUCGACUCGCGCUGACUAGUGCAAGGCUUAAACGGGCCGCCAAGUUGACUACUGCGCUCGCAGAUGAACAAGAACGUUGGAGCGUAUCUGUACAGCAGUUUCACGGCCAGAUUGCGAACGUUGUUGGGGAUGUUAUUAUCGCCGCCGCCUGUGUCGCAUACUACGGAGCUUUCACAGCAGAGUACAGGGAAAGUCUUGUUAGCAAAUGGGUAGACCGUUGUAGAGAGCUAGAGAUUCCAGUUAGUGAAAACCCAACUCUGUUCAACAUCCUGGGAAGUGCAUUUGAAUUACGCCAGUGGAACAGUCAAGGCCUACCAAGAGAUCAAGUGAGUACGGAUAACGCCAUUCUAGUGACGAAAACAAGAAGAUGGCCCCUUAUGAUCGAUCCGCAGGAACAAGCAAAUCGAUGGAUCCGGGCUCUUGAGGCUGAGAAUAACCUCCGUGUUCUAAAGAUAUCGGAGCCACAUUUCCUGCGCACGUUUGAGAACUGCAUCCGUCUUGGGUACCCCAUCUUACUAGAAGAUAUCGGGGAAAGCUUAGAUCCGGCAUUGGAACCGAUCUUGCUCAGACAGACUUUCGUCAGCGGUGGCCGACUUCUUAUUCGUCUAGGAGACUCCGAAGUGGAUUAUGAUCCAGGUUUCAAACUUUACAUGACUACAAAGUUGGCGAACCCACAUUAUUUACCAGAUGUAUCCGUCAAAGUGACCCUGAUAAACUUUACCGUCACGCCGGUUGGACUUGAAGAUCAACUUCUAGGAGAUGUCACGGGAAUCGAACGACCUGAGCUGGAAGAGCAAAGAAAUCAGCUGAUAAUUCGAAUCAAUACAGACAGAAAUCAGCUUGUGGUAAGUAACUUUCAGCUAAAAUGCAAACCGCAGAGCUUCCGAACGUUUAUGGUGAUUAUUUUAUAG